AUGAUGUCAGAAUGCGACCCGACAGAGGCAACCGAGCCAGCGCUGGACACCGGGGCGACAGCGGUGCCUUCUUCGGAGUGUAACUUUCACUCCUCGGACCCUCCGACGGUAUUAUUUGACAGGAAUAGGUUAGGUUUGGGGCUUGCGGCGAACCCUGGAGUCGCCGUCCGCAUUUCGGACUCUUGUGAAAGCGUCUUGACCGAGCUGGAGACGGACGGUUCCGGGGAAGAGGCGCUGUUGUUACCGUGCCUAGCAGGAAGCUCGUCGUCUCCGCGGGGUGUACGAGAGAAGAGGAGCAGGCGGAACAGACACAGCUCGUCGUCGGAUAAAGACACCUUGUCCUCCCCAGGUGCCAACGGUGGGGACUUCAACCACUUCCCUGAUGAUCCUGAGUUUGCAGAUAUUAUCCAAAGGGCAGACCAAGCUAUCGAGAAUGGCGUCUUUCCAGAGAGGAUUUCCCAGGGUUCCAGUGGGAGCUACUUUGUCAAAGACCCGAAAGGGAAAAUCAUUGGUGUUUUCAAACCAAAGUCAGAAGAACCUUAUGGUCACCUGAACCCUAAAUGGACCAAAUAUUUUCACAAGCUGUGCUGUCCGUGUUGUUUCGGCCGAGGCUGCUUGUUGCCUAACCAGGGUUACCUCUCUGAGGCUGCUGCCUCACUAGUUGACACCAAGCUUGGCCUGGGAGUGGUGCCCAAAACGAAGGUGGUAUAUCUGGCAAGUGAGACGUUCCACUACAGCGCCAUCGACAGAGCCAAAUCCAGGGGAAAGAAGUACGCCUUAGAGAAAGUCCCCAAGGUGGGACGACGAUUCCACAGAGUGGGCCUCCCACCCAAGGUGGGCUCAUUUCAGCUGUUUGUGGAGGGUUACCAUGAGGCGGACUACUGGCUGCGCCGCUUCGAAGCAGAACCUCUGCCAGAGAACAUCAGGAAGCAGCUGCAGUCCCAGUUUGAGCGGCUGGUAGUGUUGGACUAUGUUAUUAGAAACACAGAUCGCGGGAAUGACAACUGGUUGAUCAAGUAUGAGAAGCCAGGAGAAGGAGGAGAAGAGGAUGGACAAAAGGAUGCAGAGUGGCCAGAGAGCAGCUCAGACUCUUGCAUCAAGAUAGCAGCAAUCGACAACGGCCUGGCCUUCCCCUUUAAACAUCCGGAUGAAUGGAGAGCCUACCCGUUCCACUGGGCAUGGCUCCCGCAGGCUAAGGUGGCCUUUUCCCAGGAGACCAGAGACCUGGUGCUGUCCCGCCUCUCUGACAUGAACUUUGUCCAGGACCUCUGUGAGGACCUCUAUGAGAUGUUCAAGACGGAUAAAGGCUUUGACAAAACCAUGUUUGAGAGACAGAUGUCUGUCAUGAGGGGACAGGUGCUGAACCUGACCCAGGCGCUGAAGGACGGGAAGAGCCCCAUCCAGCUGGUUCAGAUGCCCCGGGUGGUGGUGGAGCGCAGCCGAUCGGGCGGCCAGGGACGUGUGGUCACACUUGGCAACGCCUUCACACAAACCUUUCACUGCAAGCGUCCAUUUUUCUCCUCUUGGUAGUGAGAGACGGCUGAGGGAGAAGAAUUGAAGAGCGACGUCUACAACAGCUCUGUUUUUGUCCUGAAGUCGGGAAGCGAGAAAAUGUGAAUCCUUGGUGAGAAGAGAAAUGACGAGAAAAGAUAUAAUGACAGAGAGUGAGAAAGAAGAAUUUGCACUCCUGACAAUUCCUCAUUUUGUGAAGAGAAGAGAGGAGCAUGGGAGCUGGGGACAUUUACAUACCAGUGUCUCCCAGAGACCUUGGGGCUGCUUGUGGUUACCAUGGUGACUUGAUUGGAUAAUCGGCUUUUCCACAGAGGUGGGCUUUGUUUUUUGUUAGGAAGCAGAUAAGAUUUUUUUUUAUACCCACCCAAAGUACCUACUGAAGUAAUCUCCUGCAAGGUCUCGUAGAGGGGCUAAUGGCCAAAGAACAAUCACUUACAAACCACAAACCAACAGGACUGUGGUCCACAAGUGUUUGGGGGACUAAAGGACUGGUUUCACUGAGUGCUCCAGAAAGUGAUUUUUUUUUUUUUUUUUAAUCUAGGACAGUGUUGGUCCUGGCCUGGAAAAAAGUCUAAAAAUAUUUGCUUUGCCUUGUAGGAUUACUUAUUAAAACAUAGAUGUGCACUUGCACUGCUGGAAGUGUUUGACUCGUGCGUCAUCGUACGGUCAAACAGCUCUUUACCCAGUGUUGGCUUUCAAAACCACAUCUGUUGAACAAACCCAAGCUCAGUGUCUUCAACUCUCACUACUGCCAAAAUCUGUUAGUGGAAGGAACAUUUAAAAGCCUCAAGAAGUGAAUAUUGAAACUUGAAUAUGAAGUCCGGAGGAGGAGGACUAGUAAUAAACACGUUGCUUGAAUGUAAUCUGUUUACGGUUUCUAUACAGACUCUUGCUCCUAAACAUUUCAGUAUGAGUGACUGCUGUCAAAAAAAAAAUCAACUUUUCUCGUAACAAUGAAUGUAUUUGUUGUAUGACUUGUAUUUAAUUGCUGGCAAGCAGCUUUCUCUUGAACCUCAUGGUAUGAGGGAUGGCGCCUCGUCCCUCCCCGUUAUAUGAGAAGGAAAAACAAAACGGUGGACGUUUCACACUUGCUCGAUGCUGUUGUGUUUUCUUAUGUAUGCAUCUUGAAAUUUCUAUUCCAACUCAAUGAUUGUAUGAGGAAAAAUUGUAUAUUUAACAGAUGAAAAAUAAAAUUUGGGAAAUUUGAA